ACGCGUUAUCGGACAACCAUGACCUCUGUGGUCUCGUGUGUACACAGCACCGCACAAACGACCGCGUCGCAACAUUCCUCGCUGCCGCCCAAAAGCGGGCAUUCGUCCAGCUGUGGAUUGGACGCCGUCGCUUGGCGGCGUGCGACGCAACGAGGGCGAGGAGCGGCAUUGGCGGCACCACGCCACACGCUGUUUGUGUUGCCGUUCGCGCGCUCGCAGCAGGUUGGCACGAACGAGCGUCGGUCUGGCGAAGGCUUGACGAUGCAGCAGCAACAGCCGGCGAAGUGCGCGCUGCGGGCCCUCCUGCUCGUUAGGCGACUGGCCGGACACCUGCGAGAUGCGCCAGGCCGACGGCACGAGUCCAAGCUUAACCAGCCACUGUCGGGCAACGACUGCCCGCGACCCGGCGGCAUAGCCACAUUCAUGCGCCUUCCGUACGCUGCCUCGGCGCACGGUCUGGACGUGGCCGUCUACGGAGUCCCCUUUGACUGCGGCACAUCGAACCGCAGCGGGGCCCGCUUCGGACCCCGCCAAGUGCGCUGCGAGUCGUCUCUGCUCAGGCCGCACAACAUGGCCACCCGCGCUGCGCCCUACGACUCCCUCCAGGUGGCCGACGUCGGGGACGUGCCGGUCACCAUGUACGACACGCAGCGGGCUAUGGGCGACAUCGAGCGCUUCGUGCGAGGUCUGCUGAGCCACGGCUGCGUGCCCGUGGGCAUCGGGGGCGACCACACCACCACCUAUCCUGUGCUGAGGGCGAUCAAGGAGAAGCACGGCCCCGUGGGGCUGCUGCACCUGGAUGCUCAUGCGGACGUGAACCCGACCAUGAUGCACUGCGAGGUGGCACACGGCACACCCUUCUACCGGGCCGUCCAGGAGGGUCUGCUGGACACACGCCGCGUCGUCCAGAUUGGCCUGCGCGGCUCCGUAUACGGACCCAACGAGGAGCGAUGGAGCCUACAGCACGGCUUCCACAUCAUCCAGGCGCAGGAAUGCUGGUUCAAAUCUAUGGUGCCCAUCAUGGAGACCAAGGUGCUGCCCGUGCUGGGCGCCGGCCCCGUCUAUAUAUCUUUCGACAUCGAUUGUCUGGACCCCGCAUUCGCCCCGGGCACUGGCACUCCAGAAAUCGGUGGUUUGACAAGCGCGCAGGCGCUUGAAGUCAUACGCAGCUGCAAGGGACUCAACAUCGUUGGUGCUGACUUGGUCGAGGUGUCACCACCGUACGACACAAGCGGUAACACUGCACUGACAGCCGCUAACCUGAUCUUCGAGAUGAUCUGCGUCUUACCAGGAGUGAAAAACUUGGAUUAGGAGCAACAAGAAAAAAAAAAAGCCAGUGCACAGAGUAUAGUGCAUUGUCUUGUGUGUGUGUGCGUGUGCGCGUGGGUGUGAUGAAUGCCAUGAUAAGUGCAGGGGUGCAACAGCUGUGCCAAUUGCGCCAAUUUGAUACAAUUCCUUAUUUUUGCGCCAAUCUGAACCAAGACAGUGAAAUUUGUUGAAAUUGCGCCACGCUGCGCCAAAAUGCCCGACCAGCUUCAAAAUUUUCUCAGUUGCGCAAAUUUUAGCGAGAAAUAGAGGCCGCGUUGGUCAUCUGCAGUGUCGGCAUCAUCCAAUACAGACGCGCAGACCCUAACCUCCCCCCCCCCCCCCGCGAAAGAAAAGAAAAAAGUCACAGUUUCACCGCAAGGAUGAAGCAAUGAAUGCGAUAGCAACAAGUUGUAAUGUUAUACGAAGUGGGACUGGCAGCUAACUCUUUUGUAUCCGAUCUCGCGUAACUACAGAAGGCUGGUGUAAGAGAAUACGGCCGCUCCAGGGAGAGAUGCUCUUUCCGCAUAGUCACUUCGCGUUGAGAGCGCAGCACGUAGAGGGGGUAUACGAGUCGCCAGCUGAUGGCUCCUGAGAUAGCGCGCGCGCCAGCGAUCGCGACCGCGCCCUUAGUAUCGAAGUUCAAAGUUGCUGCUCGAGCGACCCCCCCCCUCGCGUCUUUUCAUGCUCGUUCAAGACGGGCGGGGCGUUUCCUGUCUGCUUCGACGGCAGGCCACUCGAGCGGGGUAAUGUCGCAUGCGCCUUCCGAGCGCUCUCUGCUUCGGCCGCGUUCGUCGCCCCCGCUCGAGCGCUUUUACCCGCUGUAGAACAUACGGUGCGCGGGGGGAUCUUAUCAAUGUGGACUUUGCACGAGAAAUGACGGCGACGGCAAAAACCCGCCGACUGUCCAUAUAAUUGCUAUCACAAUAAUACGGCCGCUCCAGGGAAAGAUGCUCUUUCUGCACAGUGUCUUCGCAUUGAGAGCGCAGCACGUAGCAGAAUAUACGAGCCGUCCGCUGAUGGCUGCCGAGAUAGCGCGCGCGCCAGCGAUCGCGACCGCGCCCUUAGAAUCAAAGUUCAAAGUUGCUGCUCGAGCGACAGCCCCCCCUCCCCCUCGCGUCUUUUCAUGCUCGAUCAAGACAGGUGGGGCGUUUCCUCUCUGCUUCGAUCGCAGGUCUCCCGAGCGGAGUGGUAUUAUGCGCCCUCCGAGCGACGGAGAUGGGCCGGCUUGAUCUCUGCUUCAGCCGCGUUCGUCGCCCGCACUCGCGCGCUUUUACCCGCUGUAGAACAUACUAUGCGCGGGAGGAUGUUAUCAAUUUGGACUUUAUGCGGGGCAUGACGGCAAAAACCAGUCGAGAGUGACCAUAUAAUUGUUAUCACAAUAAAAAAGCACAAUGGUUCUCAAAUUUCUUGAUGCUUGCUCUAUUGCGUGCAGAACGCUUUUUAAGCCACUUUUGCCGCAGUACACUGAUAUCCUGCGGAAAAGUGCACCGAGAUUUAGAAGGGGCUAUUAGGUACUAGCUGUCAGGGACACAGCACAUUUUCUUCCUUAAUUACUCAUUCAUGCACACGCCGUGCAAUUACUAGUACUAUUAUGAUCGUUGACGUCUAAAAAAUUAUAGGCAAUCAUUUGGAGCUGCUGUGUAUGGCAUUUGUGCAGCCUUGAGAAACAAUAGACAAAAGCGUACGCCAGUUUUUUUUUUUCGCCACCCCCACUUGCUCCUGCUUUACAAAUCUCCCGAAUUUCGAGGUUGCCAGGUUCGCAGGUCCACAUUAGCAUUUGCAGUGCCUGUCGAAUUAUUUGACAGGCCCUGCAAGUGCUAAUGUGGACCUAGUCAUUUUUCGCACUGUGGGGGGGGGGGGGGGCUCAAACACACUGCUUUUAUUGAAAUAGCAGUGUUCAUGUGCACGAGUUAGCUGAUGUUGAAUGGUUUGUACGUAUUUUUGUUUUCUUUUCUAAACGUAAGCUUUCUUUGUUAUACUGCUCUAAAUUUGGGAUUUCGUGCUAAAAAAUUCGGGGUUUUUUUCCGUAACCUGCUCCAAAUUUGGAUUUUUGUGCUCCAAAAGCAACAUUUUGCUGCUCCAAAAAUUGCUCCAGAUCCUAUUUCGGCUGUUGCACCCCUUUAAGUGAUACGAUGUAUAUUCCAGAUGCUAUUGUUAACAAAUUUCGUGCACUAUAACGGCCGCAUAUUUUGCAUUUUCUCGUGUGUAUACGCGAUCCUGCUCUAGGAUAUCUAUGCAAAUAAAAAAACCUUGUGGCACUGUUAACCAGAAAUUUUAAAAAUAUAGAAUACGUAUGUGCUGAAGACUUGCUGGGCGACCUGCACUGAAAAAAAAAAAUAAAAAAUCACCGUCAUUGCACCCUGUGGAGAACGUUGACCAGCGAACCACAAAGGGGCCCUGCAGCAUAUUUUGAGCAUGGUCAGAAAACGCUGCAGAUCGAUAGUCGAGGCUCCUCGGAACAUGCGAGCUAGCCAUUAUAGCGCAGCUCGCGGCCCGGAAUUUACACCUAAUUUUCAAAGUCAGCUAUAAAUCGCUUGCCCUUCUCUUGACGAAUGACGCCAUAGUCCAAAAUUACCGCGUCAUAAACACGAAGUCCACGGCUGUUGGUUGAUUGA